GUACUGCGCCGCCGAGAAGUUGGGGGGAUCAGCAGUCGAGAAUGGAUGAGAACAGUAAUUCACAUAUGCCUAAGAAUUUGGGAGCGGCACGGGAGGCCAAGGAUGAAUCUGAUGUUCUUAUUGAGUGCCGAAAUGUACGCAAAUCUUUUGGAGAGAAGCAAAUUCUGAAAGGUGUGAGCUUUAAGAUUAGACAUGGGGAAGCUGUUGGAAUAAUUGGACCAUCAGGAACGGGCAAAUCGACAAUUUUGAAGAUUAUGGCAGGGCUUUUAGCUCCUGAUGAGGGUGAAGUUCUUAUUUGUGGAAGAGAGAGGCAUGGUUUGGUUGAUGAUGAAGAGAUAUCAGGUCUCCGUAUUGGCUUGGUAUUUCAAAGUGCAGCACUUUUUGAUUCCCUUACUGUUCGUGAAAAUGUUGGUUUUCUAUUAUAUGAAAACUCCAAGAUGGCAAAGGAUCAAAUAGCCAAACUCGUCACAGAAACUCUGGCAGCUGUAGGGUUGAAGGAUGUUGAAGAUCGUUUGCCUUCGGAAUUGUCUGGUGGCAUGAAAAAACGUGUAGCGUUAGCUCGAUCUAUUAUCUUUGAUAACACAAAGGAGGCAAUUGAACCAGAGGUCCUUUUGUAUGACGAACCUACUGCAGGACUUGAUCCCAUUGCAUCCACUGUUGUCGAAGAUCUCAUCCGCUCUGUGUAUAUAAAAGGAGACGAUUCCCCAGGAAACAUCACAUCAUAUGUGGUGGUCACUCAUCAACAUAGCACCAUUAGAAGAGCUGUGGACAGGUUGUUGUUCCUACACGAGGGAAAGAUUGUUUGGGAAGGAAUGACCCAUGAAUUUGCAACUUCGACAAAUCCAAUAGUUAGACAGUUUGCAUCAGGUAGCUUGGAUGGGCCAAUCAGAUACUGAAAGUAUAGUGGCAAUGUCUUGCAUUCUGCCAAGUUUUUGUAUGAAAGGCCCGAUAUUAUGAAAUCAAUUCUUAGCUAAGGAGGUAAAAUUAUAAUUUGGAUUAUUUCCCCCCUUGUUAGCUCGAAGUGUGAAUUCAAGUAGUGAACAAAUUGAAGGAAAUAACAUUGAUUUCUCAAAAAGAGAGGUUGAAGUUAAGCCCUAUUGUUUUUGUUCGUCUGAUUAUUUACUUGCAUUAUUCCCUAUAUUGUAUAACUAGGUUGAAGUGUUCUCUGAGGCUCAACUAAGUCUCUGCCUAUACAUUUUCUUGUACGCAAAGGUUUAAUAUUAAUAGAAGUAACCAUCACAAAAGCCGUCUUGUAAUUACAGUAAACCUAUGUUAAUAACUUCAUUUUGUGAUUUAUUUUA